AUGUUUGAGCUCGAUAAUGUCUCUGAUGGCGUGGAGUAUAUACGCACAGCACUUCACCAUGCGAUAUUGCUCUGGACAAAUGAACGAAACUAUAUGAGCAACCUAGAAAGCUGGUGGCGAUCGUUCGUUUAUGGUCCCUUAUUCGAUACCGCUUUUAUGUUUCUGGGUGACUACAACAUUAUAAGAUCUGAAUCAGAGUCCACUGCAUACAAGGAGUACAGCAUGUUGUAUAAAGAUAUCAUUCCCGGCAUGGUCAAGCACAAGGUGGAGAAGGUUGAUCUAGCAGUGCGCACCAUAGACAACCGCAUGGAUAUCCUGACGGGCGAAGACAAGCCUCUACUUGCAUCUAAGAAAGCUGUUGCUGAAACCUUUUUGAAGAAUCAGGAGAGACGGGUAGUCACGCUCGAUGUAAUUGAAAGAAAGCUGCCAAAACCAAAGCUGAUUCAACACUUUGAAGUUUUCACGGCCCUGUGGCAUGGGAACAAGAUGACGAUUCACUGCACUCGAAAGAUUGACAAGCACUAUUUCCAUUACGAAGCCGCACAAGCAUCAUUUCCGCUCACAGCAAGCAAUUUCCAUGAAUUCACUCGGCUCCUAUUACUUGUUCUAUCGUUAAAGAUUCAAUGA